AUGGGGAACUUCAAUGAAAUUGUGCAUAUAGAGGAGAGGAAAGGGGCGACUAGCUUGUCAGCAUCUGCUGAAGAUUUCAGAACAUGGAUAAAUGAUAUGGAGUUGAUGGACUUGACGCUUAAUGAUCACAAGUAUACAUUGUUUAGAGGUCAGUCUUGUAGUCAUAUUGAUAGAAUCCUGGUGAGGUUGGAAUGGCUAGACGCGUACCCGGAUACUCAACUUAGAGGAGAACCGAGAGGUUUAUCAGAUCAUUGUUCUUUGAUAGUGGAAGAUAGAAGAAUAGUACAGGGUUCAAGACCGUUCCACAGUCUAGACUCGUGGUUCACACACAAAGGCUUCCUAAGGAUGGUGAAAGAAGAAUGGAGAGGUUUAGGAGAUACACAGUUUUUGGAUAAGCUAAAGGCGUUAUCAAAACCACUGGGUAGAUGGCACAACCAGCACUUUCGGAAUAUACCUGAGAAGAUAAAAAGGUUUGAGGACGAAAUCAAGAAAGUGGACGAUAUGGUUAGCAACGGGCUAUAUGAUGGUACAAUAGAAGCAAGAAGAAAGGCGCUAGUAAGAUGUUGUGAGAUAUGGUAUACGAGACAAGAUAUACACUGGAAACAAAUGUCCAGAUCUUGA